CUUCACAAAACUAUUUCAAAUUUUAUUCUCUUUCUGAUAAGCUUCAAUGGCUGCAUUAACCUCCGUUUCACUAUCAUUUCGUAUAUCUAACCUUCAAACUCGAACAAAUUACAGACAAUUGCCUAUUAUACGCGCAUCAUCCGCAUCAGCAUCAGCUAUUCCUUCUCAUGAAUCAUCAAGUGAAAGUACUGUACUAACAUCACCAGUAGUGCCCUUUGUUGAGCCCUCUAAGACCCCUCAAAAUAGACUUGUUAGAUUUGUUCAGAACACUGAGUCAACUGUCGAAAUGGCCAUAUUUGACUUCCGCUUUCUGGCGUUCUUUGCUAUUGGAGGUUCAUUGGCUGGUUCACUGCUCUGCUUCCUCAAUGGUUGUAUCUACAUUUUUGACGCUUACAAGGUUUAUUGGACGAGCUGUGUCAAAGGAAUUCACACAGGACAGAUGGUUCUGCGGUUGGUUGAAGCUAUAGAUGUUUAUCUUGCUGGGACCGUGAUGUUCAUAUUCGGGAUGGGCUUGUAUGGAUUGUUUAUCACUGAUUUCUCUGCUGAUGGGAGUCCAACUGCCGACCGUGCCCUCAAGCAUUCUUCCUUGUUUGGGAUGUUUGCUCUGAAGGAGAGGCCAAAAUGGAUGAAGAUCAGUUCGCUUGAUGAACUUAAAACCAAAGUUGGACAUGUAAUUGUUAUGAUCCUUCUAGUCAAGAUGUUCGAGAGGAGCAAGAUGGUCCCUAUAGCCACUGGUGCUGAUCUAUUGAGCUACUCCGUGUGUAUUUUCCUGUCCUCUGCUUCCUUGUAUAUUCUUCAUGCUCUGCACAAGUCAGAAUGAAUGUUGUCAUGUACCAUACUUGUGAUACAUGUAUAGCCAAGUUAUCAAACUUUUGAAGCUAGCAUUAAAAAAAAAUAUUCUGAAAACCUUGGAUUA